GUCGUCGUCGUCUUUGUCUUUCUUGGACUGGCUCUCAUCGUCCUAUCUCUGCGGCUCUUCACUCGAGUGAUCGUGACACGGAACCAUGGCCCCGAAGACUGGGUCAUCACAGCAGCAUUCGUAGGUCUUUUGGAUGAUUCAGUCUGUCGUGUGACCAUUCCUGACAUAGACAGUGCCUCUCUGUCGCACAAUCAGUGCUUGUACUUCAUGUGUCCAGAGGUUCAGAAUGGUCAAGGUCUACCCCAGAGUAAGCUCUCAGCGGAUACCCUUCUGAAUCUGCGGAAGACCCUGUACAAAGCAAUCCCUACAUACCUUGCCGGAUUGACCUUGACCAAGGUCUCGAUUCUAUUACAAUAUAUGAGACUCUUCCAAGGGAAAACAAUACACAGGAUCAUCAUCGGGAUGCUAGUCUUCGUCGCCGCAUUUGGUAAACCAAUCCACUACUUUUGGGACGACAUUGGUAACGGCAAAUGCAUGAACAUUAAGGCAAAGUGGUUCAGCGACGCGGCGGUCAACAUCUUUACCGAUUUUAUACUUCUGAGCAUUCCCAUGCCCUUCCUUAAAGGCCUACAUCUACCUCGCCGUCAAAAGGCAGGCUUGAUAGCCGUCUUCUCGCUCGGAGGCUUAUUAGGUCCUCUGUACAUCAUCUCAACAAACACAGACGUGAGCAAACAUGACGGUGGCGCAGCCGUUCUUUCCACCAUGGAAGUAAAUGUGGGCAUUAUCUGCGCCUCUUUGCCCAGCCUUCGCGCCAUCACAAUACGCACAUGGUCGCGAAGAAACACACACCGCCAAUCCAUGUCAGCGCGCCACAGUCAUCCAGGAUGGUGGCGAUUUGGCAAGAACAACGACAACAUCGAUCCAGAAGCGGGACCGAAACAAGAAAUGAGCAAUUCAGGUAGUGCAAUCACAAAGAUCGUGUCUAUAACUCAGGACCGAAAAGACGCCAGGAAGGUAUCUCUAUGGUCAUUGGGUGGGGGUGGUGGUAUAUUUGACGGCGGUGCUGGCGCCUCCAGAGCUUAUAUUCGGUCUGAUGUACAAUGA